AUGGGUCUGGCGUACAACGUGUACUUGAAUGCCAAUAAAAUCUUUGGCUGCAAGCAAUGCAAGACUCAUCUUGCAGAUUACAACGACAUUAUCAGCCGGAACUUCCGAGGCCAACAUGGAAAAGCAUACCUCUUCAACACCGUCGUCAACGUCACACUCUCCGAUGCCGUUGAACGCAGCAUGACUACGGGCCGACACGUCGUGCGCGACAUUUCAUGUCGACAGUGCCAGGUGGUGGUGGGCUGGAAGUACGACAAGGCAUACGAGACGCCAGAGAAAUACAAAGAGGGGAAAUUCAUUCUCGAGGAGGAGCUGCUAUGCGUCGUUGGAUAG